CGGUCCUGUCGCCGCAGCCUCCGGCCUGUCCGCGGGACAGAGGGACAUGUGUCCGACCAGCACCUCGGUUUCUACUCCCUGACGCCCCGUGACCCACCUGCUGCGGGGUCCACGACGAGGACCUCCAGGUCAGCGGGAAUUAAAGGCGCAUUUCACGGUUCUGCCUCUGCACACUUCACUUGUUGCUGGGGGGGGGGUUCUUUCUCACGCGGGGCCCGUAAUUGGAGACCUCACCUUGCUCGGGAUGCAGCGCGAGCGCCUGCUGAAGGUCUUGGUCAUCGGGGACCUGGGUGUCGGCAAAACGUCGCUCAUCAAGCGCUACGUGCACCAGGUCUUCUCCCAGCACUACCGCGCCACCAUCGGGGUGGACUUCGCCCUCAAGAUGCUGGACUGGGACCAGAAGACGGUGGUGCGUCUGCAGCUGUGGGACAUCGCCGGCCAGGAGCGCUACGGCAACAUGACCCGCGUGUACUACAGGGAGGCGGUGGGGGCCCUGGUGGUCUUCGACAUGACCAGGCUGUCCACGUUCCAGGCCGUCCUCAAGUGGAAAGAGGACCUGGACUCAAAGGUCGCCCUUAGCAACGGGACGCCGGUUCCAGCCGUGCUGUUGGCCAACAAGUGCGACCAGCGGAGUCAGGGCUUGUGCCCCAAGCUGCCCAAGCUGGAGACCUUCUCCAGACAGUACGGCUUCGCCGGCUGGUACGAGACCUCCGCCAAGGACGACACCAACGUUGACGCCGCCGUCGCGUGCCUGGUGAAGAGCAUCAUGGCCGCCGAGGGCGAGCGGGCCUCGCGGGGCGCUGCCGAGCCGGACGGCGGCGUCCUGGUUCUGCCGCGCUUCGACUACGGCGCCAAGGAGCAGGAGCGGCGCGGUUGCUCGGGGUGCUCCUCGCUGCGGCCCCGGGGCGGGGACAACGAGUGACCCGACUCGAGUCCUGCUUCCACCCGACGGACCUCACCGAGCGGAGAAGGAGGAGCCAGCAUGGUCUUUGUCAGGUUGGAUUUCUUCAGCGUAUCUCCUCAAAAGGAGGAGAUCUUGAAACCUGCUUCAGCAAAGCUCCUCUUCAGACCUCAGCAUAGAAAGAGAAGGGGGGUGUGGGGCCCAUCACGUUCAAAGCAUCAUCGUCUAGUUCAACAGGACUCUUCUGUGACACUGGGGACCUUCACUGCAUCAUUUCAUCCUUUUUUGGGACACAAAUCUAUUUUAAAUGUGAAUAAAAUAUUUGGUGUCUUAAUAAUACUUUUAUUAUUACGUUAAAAUAGGCUUGUGGAAGGAGAACAGCUGAUUACUAAGGUCCCAACUGCAGUAAACAAGCAUCGAAUGGAGGAAGGUUUGUCUUGGCAUCUUUUACAAGUGUAGAUUUGAACAUUGGAAUAUUACAUGUAACUUAUUAGGGACUAAAGGUGGAACAGAGAUCAGAGGAUGGAACACAGGCGUAUUCAUGAAAACACUCACCAAUAGAUGGAGCCAAACAGUCAACAGAGAACAUGGAGAAGGGCUUUGAUGCAAAUAUUUAGAGAUCCUGAGAAGCAGUGAAAACAGUUAAAUUCAUUCAAUAAAGGAGGAGAAUCUGGAUCUAACGUAUCUCCUCUCCAUCUCCUCCAUGCUUCCACCCACACGAGGUCCUCGCAGCUCCUCCACCACAGUGACUCUGCCUUUUGGGGGGUUAGAACCCUUUGGGAUUGUCUCUGAGGGAUGGAACUAAGCAGCUUUAUGUGGAUGCGGACGUUCAGAAGGAGAAGCGUCGCAGAAAGAGGAAGACAGACGACGCUGUGUGGGCGUGCAACACAUGUCAUAAAAAGCCCA